CCGUGCACAGCCUCAUCCAUUCUUCCUUUCCUGACACCUUGCCUCCCUGACCCCUCCUUCCCUUCGCUCCUGGGUUCCCCCUCCCCUCUCUGGGAUCAGCAUCUUCUCCUUCCUUAUCUCAUUCUCCAUCGUCUUCUCUACCCCCAUCUUCUUAACGAUUUCCACCCAGUUUCAGCCUUUUCCCGGUCAUCCCCAACCUUCUCCUUUUUUCCAUCUUAAAACUUCCCCUCCCCACUCCAUCUCCUUCAACCAACCUCUCCACUCACACUCACACUCUCCAUCCAUCCCUCUCCUUCCUCCCGUUCCCUCCCAGCAAACUUCCACCAUGGAUCCUGGGCCUCCUUGGAUCACCAGCCCCACGCCCGGGAGCACCCUCUCUGUCCCCAGUGCCACCACACCCUGGCUGGGCCGGGAUGAGGAGCUGGCCAAGGUGGAGAUCGGCGUCCUGGCCACUGUCCUGGUGCUGGCGACAGGGGGCAACCUGACUGUGCUGCUGACGGUGGGGCAGCCCGGCCGCAAGCGCUCCCGCAUGCACCUGUUCGUGCUGCACCUGGCCCUGACGGACCUGGGCGUGGCGCUCUUCCAGGUGCUGCCCCAGCUGCUGUGGGACAUCACCUACCGCUUCCAGGGCCCCGACCCCCUCUGCCGGGCCAUCAAGUACCUGCAGGUGCUCAGCAUGUUCGCCUCCACCUACAUGCUGCUGGCCAUGACGCUUGACCGCUACCUGGCCGUUUGUCACCCCCUGUGCAGCCUCCAGCAGCCCAGCAGGUCCACCUACCCUCUCAUUGCAGCUCCUUGGCUGCUGGCUGCCAUCCUCAGCCUCCCUCAAGUCUUCAUUUUUUCUUUACGAGAGGUGAUCCAGGGCUCUGGAGUGCUGGACUGCUGGGCAGACUUCCGCUUUCCUUGGGGGCCACGGGCCUACAUCACCUGGACCACCCUGGCCAUCUUCAUCCUGCCUGUGGCCAUGCUCACGGCCUGCUACAGCCUCAUCUGCCAUGAAAUCUGUAAGAACCUAAAAGUCAAGACCGGGGCCUGGAAGGUAGAAGGAGGGGGUUGGAGGACUUGGAACCGGCCCUCACCUCCUUCUGCACCAGCUGCAGCCACACGGGGGCUGCCAUCCCGGGUCAGCAGCACCAGCACCAUCUCACGGGCCAAGAUCCGGACUGUGAAGAUGACCUUCGUCAUUGUGCUGGCCUACAUCGCCUGCUGGGCGCCUUUCUUCAGCGUCCAGAUGUGGUCUGUGUGGGACGAGAAUGCCCCUGAUGAAGAUUCAACCAAUGUGUCUUUCACCAUCUCCAUGCUUUUGGGCAACCUCAGCAGCUGCUGCAACCCCUGGAUCUACAUGGGCUUCAACGGCCACCUGUGGCCGCGUUCCCUCUGCCGUCUGGCCUGCUGCGGGGGGCCGGGGCCCAGGAUGUGCAGGCAGCUCUCCAGCGGCAGCCCGUCCAGCCGCCGCGCCAUGCUGCUGACCCGCUCCAGUGUCCUGCCCACCCUCAGCCUCAGCCCCAGACUCAGCCAGAGGCCGGGGCCCGAAGACCCACUGAAGGGUGAAGAGCAGGUGGACAGGGACACCAUCACCGAGACCAGCAUCUUUUAGGGAACGCUCCCUGGAGUGUGGCAGAGGGCCUCUACCCAUCUCAGCACUGGAUGUAAGUGCUGGGAGCACAGGGCUGGAGUUAGGGGAGCCCAGUUUGAGGCAGGGCGAGGAGGCCAGAAUGGCUGCUCCUACUCUUGGUGACACAGCUGCCGUCGUUUGCUCCCAACCUCACGUGCUCGGAGUCAGGGAGAAGCAGACUGUCUGCUUCCCUGAUCCUGCCAUAUUCACAGGGUGUCUGGGAACCACACGUGUGGUAGAUGUGGUGCCCCAGAUCUGACAGGCCUAGGGCUGUCCUGUCUGGGGGUCCACAGGCAGCAGGGACUCAGAGGCUGGUCUCCUAUCUGGUUUGUCCCAUCCUAACCUGACUAGCGCAUCCCAGUUCAACCAGGAGAGGGAAGGAGUGAAAACCUUCGAGAAGGACCCUGUUUGCGUCCUGAGUUUUUGUUUUUUGGGUUUUUUUUUGGCAGAGAGAGGAUUGUGUAAUGAAGAAAGUGAAUAGGUGUGAGGGCUUCGCCUGCUAUGCCCACCUGUCUACCGAAGGGAAAUGCAGGGUUAGCACAGCACCUGGUAACUGGUCAAAACUCUGCAAGCGCUACUUCUCUUCUCCCCACGCACCUCGUUUAGAGUUAGGGUGGGUGACGGGGCAAAGUAUUGCAUAUUCUCAGUGGAAUGACCCACGGGGGGUGAGCGUGAGAAGAAAGAGUGAGGAAAGGAGGAGAUGAAAACGGUCACAAUAAAAUUCUGAGUGGGAGGAAGCCUCGGAGGCAACA